UGGCCACCCUGCCGCUGUCAUUGUCAUUUGACAGAAGAGUGAUGGUCUUGAAAAUUUUAUUUUUUACUUUGAUAAACAAUAAUAUGUUGUAAAACUCCGUACAUAAAAUUUUGAAGUGUAAAUAACAAGUCGGUUCGAAUUUAAAAAAAUUGUUUUUCCUCAAAUCGAAUCAUUCAUAUCAGAAACAAAAAUGGAAAUGUAAAAACCUGAAGGCCUUUUUAGCAAUGUUUGUUUUGGUAAAGAAUUAAAUUAAUGGUUCCUGUGUGGGUUUCUUGGGGCAAUGCAGUGAUUUCCGCGUGUGUAAAAUACAUUAUCACUUAUCUCACCUUUCUUUGUUUAAAUUACGAUCAGUUUGCUUCUACUGCACAAAAAUGGAUCAAGAAAUUCGCCAGGCAGCUGAAAGUCUAAUGCAGUCCAACAGCUACAAUAUUCAGUCACCAACAUUAGAUAUCUCUCAUUCACAUAGUAUUAACACAAUACCAUCCCUGCGUCCCGACUAUAUAAUCUCUGAAGACUUGUUAGCUGGACACCGUGCCAAUGGCAGGAUGUCCACUGUUAGAAGAUUCUUCUGCAUGUUUGUUACGUUUGAUUUGUUGUUUACCGGACUUAUGUGGCUCAUUUGUGUGAUGUUGAAAGGUGAAAACAUUAUGAAAGCUUUAAAUGAACAAAUUUAUCAUUACAACGUACAAACUUCGUUAUUUGAUGUGGUGCUAGCGGCCCUUUGCCGUUUCGUAGUCUUAUUAUUAUUUUAUGCUUUAAUUUAUAUGAACCACUGGAUCAUAGUUUCUAUAUCAACAACGUUAACUUGUGUAUUUCUCACAGCUAAAGUUUUUCUCUAUGAUUGGCCACAUUCCACACAGCCAGUGUUUGAGGUGCUUCUAGUUUUGACUUCAUUUGUUCUAUCGUGGGGUGAGGCUUGGUUCCUCGAUUUCCGGGUAUUGCCCCAAGAGUCACAUGCUCGGAGGUUUCUUAUUACUAAUACAGAUUCAGAAAGGGCGCCAUUAAUUCAAAGUUAUGUUCGUGGAUUGCCAUCGAUGUAUACUGAAAGUGUUGGGAACUUUUAUUCACCUCUUGCCUCGCCUGACGGCUCCAUGUAUGGGUUCAACUCAGGCCCGGUGUUGGGCAGGUACCCACCAAUAGCACUAUCAAGGGAACAAGAAGAAAAUUACAAAACCCUGGCUGCUAAAGCAAUGCAAGAAGCUUGGGAUUUGUUGCAUAAGAAAGAUUGGAAGUUGGAGAAAGCCAGUGGGGCUGAUUCAGUUCAUACCAUGACUGUGCCUAAAGUAGGGAAAAUCUUCAAACUCACUGCGUUUUUGGAUGUUACUCCAAAGUUUUUACUUGAUGAAUUAUUUUAUCGUGUAGAAAGUCUCUCACAAUGGAACCCAGCUAUAUUGGAAUCUCACAAAGUGCAAGUGAUUGACGAACACACUGAUAUUAGUUAUCAGAUUGCUGCUGAUGGCGCUGCUGGUGUUGUUAGUAGCAGAGAUUUUGUUAACUUGCGACACUGGGCUUAUUUAGAAAAUCGGUAUGUUAUUGCCUGUGUGGGGACGGAACAUCCUUCUUUGCCCAAAAAUGACAAAUACAUUAGGGGCGAGAACCGGGCUGGCUGUUGGGUGAUGCAAGAAGACCCUAACAACUGCAACAAGUGCAUCUUCCAGUGGGUUCUCAACACGAAUCUAAACGGUUGGAUACCGCAGUAUAUCAGAGAUACGGCAUUUAUCGGUGUGAUGUUCGACUACGUGAAGCAUUUAAAACAACACAUAGCGCGGCUGCGUGAGAGUGGCAGACUUUAAAUAUUUUUAAGUCCAACUGUAGAUAUUUUAAGUCCAAAUUUUGAUCACUUUGCUUCCCUAUAUACUUACACGAGUACCACAAUUCGGCGUUUUGUUUAAUUUUUGUGGUCAUAACUGAAACGCAUUUACUUCUGUGAGAAGUUGAAAAAGACUGUGAUCAUUGUAGACGUAAUAGGAAUCCAGCAAGUGUUGUCUAGGGUAAAAAUGCAUUUUGUGAACAUUUUUUAUUCUUAUUUAAUGCUUAUGGAGAGUCAUUUGUGACCAAUAAACUUUUUUACUGAAA